GUCCGGUACUGGACAUCGACUCCUCCCCAUAAAAUCUGUAAGUAUCACUACGGCGCGGCUCGGCAUUUUGUAAAGUUCUACAGCUGAUUUUGACGUUUUCUUUAACGUAUGUUUACAUUUUCGUUCGUUGUUUUGUGAUUAUCAACAACUGUAUGUUCCUUUUUUAAAUUAGGAGAAUGGGAAAAUUAGCAUCAGUUCUAAAAGUGGUAAAGAAUGUAGGACCCAAACUAGUACCGUUCUUUAAAACAGUAGCCAUUUAUUUUGUGAUAUUCGUACCUCAAGACAAACCCUCAGUUUUUAGUACAAUUUUAAAAUGUUUGCCUAUUUUAAGCCUGAUGUUGUUUGUUUUACUUCAUGGAAUGAGUUUAGGAGAAGAGUACAAAUAUUCGAGACGAAUAUUGUCAGGUCUUAUUUUCUGUUGCAUUGGAGAUGCACUUUUAGUCUGGAAUCAGUAUUUUGACAUUGGCAUGUUUGCAUUUAUUAUAGGCCAUGUCUACUACAUACUUGCGUUCGGUUUCAAACCGCUCAAUUUACCUUUGGGCCUGGUUUUGUAUCUACUGGGUUUACUAGUUGUUCUAUACUUGCUUCCUGACCUGCCUGGAAUUUUCCUCGUUGGUGUUCCAGUUUAUAUAUUGGUUAUAACUACCAUGCUAUGGAGAGCAGUUGCAAGAGUACAGUUAUUUGAGGACCUCUGGACAUGGAGCAAGCUGUGUACCUGUGCAGGAAGUAUAUUAUUCGCAUUAUCCGACUUACUCAUUGGUAUAGACAGGUUCAAGUUUAAUAUUGAAUACGCACAAAUACUGGUAAUGUCAACUUAUUAUGCAGCUCAAGUUGGGAUAGCUGUCAGUGUUGUAGAUGCCACAGCUGCGAUGAAUGAAGCUAAGAAAAAGUUGAAAGCAAACUAAAGAUGUAGAUUCCUAUAUCACAUUAUUGUGUAGCUCAAAUUGUAAGCCAAAAAUCUAUCCCUUUCUAUAUUAUUAGAUGUGUACUAAAACAAACUCUAGUAUACGUACGAUUCAAGUACCUUUGUAAACCCUAUUUGACGAGUAUCCAUCACUGACGUCUACUGAGGUGAACAGCUGAUCAGCAAGUGACAUUUUUAUGUUAGUCUGUAACGUUGGCAAUGAUUGUUGAUGGGUAUAAAUUUCGUAAAACUUGUUUGUGGCGUUUUGCUUUUUGUAUGCAAAUGAACCUUUCUAAAUAAAAGAGCUGUUAGCAAGUACAAAAUGAAUCUGUAGCGUACAAAAAACAAAACAAAAUGUGGCCCUGUCUACCUGUCAUUGACGGAUCCGUCUGAAUUAUGUGUCCUUUGCUGAUAUGGCGAAUUUUGAAAUAUUACUGGAUAAUCAGCUAUCAUUCUACCAUGAUGGAUACUCGUGAAAUAGAGUAUAGUGUAGUAGGAUGUAGAAAUUGGUUAUGGGUAUUUGAAAGGUAAUGAUUUGUGUAUCUAUAUCAUGUAAUGUAGCUCAAAUAGAUAGCCAAAUAUGCAAAGAUGAUGAUGAAAAAGUGUACGUGGAGAAUUAUUUCGACUCAGACCUGUAGAUAUUUAAAGUACAAAUAUUGUUUAUAGUUUCAGAUAUGGCUAGGGGGGUAGUUAGGUUUUCUUAUGUUUUAAUGAUAGCCAUACAAGGUAUUCCAUUUUAAUCUCCCCACCUAAAUAUUUCGAUAACCACACAUUUAGGAUAAAUGUUUCAAACUAAAGUUGUAGGGUUUUAAGUAAGCAAAAUGAUGGUUACCGUUCAAGGUCAUUUCAAAGUUAAGCGAAUAUUUCCAAACGGAAUUGGAAAAGAGGAGAAAAGUUCACGUUCGAAUGUGGCCUUGACUAUGACUAUCACCAUAACAUUCAAGGUGAAAUAAAGACAUUGAAAAUAGUUUGCUCUAGCAAAAAUUUUUGUAGCACAGUGAGCUGUGGGGGUCAACCAAAGCUGACCUUGACCGUAACCUUGAACAUCACUUUCAACUUUGAUAUAAAAAUCAAGGAUUUGCCUUACCAAAUACAUUUAAGAUUGAUACAACCUUUCCUGUUUUUCCAAUUCCAGGAUAAAAUCAGGGGUUCCCCUUGAACAUUUUGGGUUGACCUUGAAGGUGCCGUCGAACAUUGCUAGAGCGAAUUGUUUUCAUUGUCUUUUCUUGAGCUUGAAAUUUCAUUGAAUGACAUAUUCGGACAUAGCAUUUCCUCAUAUUUCCAAUACCAGUGUAAAAAAAGCCACAUUUAAAAGUAUUAGCUUGACCUCAAACUGAGUGCUGAUGUUCAUGGCCAAGCACCAUGCAACCCUACAACUUUCGAAAUGUUCAGGUGGGGGGCUUAAAAUGGGACACCCUGUAUAAUAACCAUGAUAAAUAUUUGCUUUUGAAGUGAAGAAUUUGAACAGUAGUCUUCCUGUUAAACUUGAUGUUAUUUCGCAAGUACCUUGCAAAUUAAUAUAAUAUGCAUGGCAAGUCAAGUCUUUCGAAAAUAUCUAAAUGUUAACUAAAUAGUUAGUCUUCUUGUUAUACAUAUAUGUUAAUAUGUAGUGAUAUCGAUUUUAGUGUUAGAUUUGUCAAUACUAUAUUAUAAACAUGGAAACCAUAUCAUUAUGCAUUUAAUUCUGUUGUGCAACAAAAACACGAACAUUGAUUUGUCGAUAAGCUACGCCACUCUUGGAUGUUGCUAUAAUAAAAGAAAGUUUUAUUAAUACUCUAUAAAAAAUCUCAACGUUCUGUUGCAUUUUUUAAUUAAUGUAUUUCCUUGAAUGUUAGUGUUGAUACAUAAACAAUUAAUUAAGUCUGAGUAAUUUUUAAUGCAUUCUGUUGUACCUUGUCUUUGUAUACACCAAAUGAUUAUCUGUGAUUUAUAUAUUGUAUAUACCAAACACAUAUAUUUUUCUUACAUAUUAUAUAGUAU